AUGCAAGCCGCACUUCCACUCCUUUUCCUUCUCGCCUCCGCUGCUGCGCGGCCUCUGGACAUCCCUUUCUGGCGCGCGCUAGACGUGCGCACUGACGUUGUCAAUGCCUCGGCUUUUCCGGGCACCAACGCCGAGCUUGGGGGCCAACAGGUGUACUUCGUCCCUCCCGCAUUCUCUGCGAUGGUCGAGGGUACCAACCAUGUCAGCGCUGCCCAGCAGGCUGCAGAAGCCACCAAUGCGACGUCCACGAACAUCACCACUACGAGCGCAACCGCCGCGGGCAAUGUCACUGGGAGCAUGGGCAACAACGCCAUCGCUCCGAUGCUGGCCAUGUACUAUCCAGACUGGUUGUCCAAAGCAUUCCCGCCUGAGCGUCUUGACUUCUCCCGCAUCGACUACAUCGAUUUUGCCUUUGCCGUGCCUCAGGAGGACUUUACGCUCGAUUGGGACGGCUCCGAGGAUGCCCCCGAGACACUUGACAGGUUGGUCACGAUGGCACACAGCAAAGGGAAGAAAGUGAAGGUCAGCGUUGGCGGCUGGUCGGGCAGCAAACAUAUCUCCCCGGCUGUUGCGAGCGGCGACAGCAGACGGACGUUCGUGACCAACAUCGUCGAUCUCUAUCACCGCCACAACCUAGAUGGAAUCGACAUCGACUGGGAGUACCCGGGACAAUCAGGCUCGAAUGGCAACGAGAUAGACGGUUCCGAUACUGCCAACUUUCUCGAGUUCCUGCGUCUUUUGCGCAGUAUCCUUCCCCCAACCGCUACAAUCACCGCUGCCGCACAAACAGUGCCGUUUGCAGGAUCGGAUGGAAAUGCUCUGAACGAUGUGCGCGCAUUCGCGGAGGUCCUUGAUUGGGUACUUCUGAUGAACUACGACGUAUGGGGAGCUUCUGCAAAUCCGGGCUCGAACGCUCCUCUCAGCGACGGGUGCAACAACAACUCUCAGCCGAAAGCGACCGCAGACGCCGCCAUCAAGCAGUGGAUGGCUGCGGGCUUCCCGGCCAACAAGCUCGUGCUUGGUCUACCAUCCUACGGCUAUGUGUCUUCAUCUACAGCCACGCAGCUUCGCCAACGCGGUGACAACGAUAUGUAUCCUAUGUCCCUAUCUCCACCUGGUUUGCAGUCGCCGCCACCGCCACCGAUUGUGGCGCCGCCGGAACUAGGGGCGGCAUCUGCAGGCAUAUCUUCAUCGGAAGCGCAAUCGCCUGCCACAGAGACCGUUACCGUCUUCGUGACCGCUGAACCCACACCUUCCUCGCCUUCAACUACGAUUACAUCGCCAACACGAGAACAGGAACCCAGCGCCACUGUUGUCUCUAUUCUGCUCAGGAGUGAGGAUAGCGGCCAGAUCCCAUUCCGUGAUCUAAUCACUCAGGGCGCCCUUUGCGCUUCAAAAUCAGAUUCGACCAGCGAGCCCGCAUUCAUCGGCUGCGGCGGCUUUGAGCGCAUUUGGGACGCAUGCUCGAGUACGCCGUUUCUUCGUAGCGAGAGUGCAGGUCAACUCGUCACGUACGACGACCCGGACAGUAUAUGGCUCAAAGCGACAAUCGCGGGCGCGUACGGCCUCCGUGGUGUCAAUUUUUGGGAUGCAUACGGAGAUGUCGAUGACUGGGCACUGGUUGAUGCUGCACGUCGCGGCCUCGGUUUGGGUGUACAGUAA